AUAUGAUCCGGUAAAGCGCUGACGAAAUUUUAAACGGCAGCGAACGGGUUGAAAGCCGAAAUGAAUUCUGAAGUGCUACGAGCAGGAGGGCUUAUCAUUUUCAGAAGAAUCGAGUUAGGAAUCCAAUACUUGUUACUCCAAACUUCGUAUGGGGUACAUCAUUGGACCCCUCCAAAAGGUCAUCUUGACCCGGGUGAGGAUUACCGCACUGCAGCACUAAGAGAGACAGAGGAAGAAGCAGGCUAUACCAGCAAUCAACUCACAGUUACAGACUUUAAGAGCACGCUCAAUUAUAUUGUCAAGAAUAGACCAAAGGAGGUCGUUUAUUGGCUUGCUGAGCUGAAGGAUCCAACGGAUGGUGUGAAAUUGUCAAAUGAGCAUCAAGAUUUCAAGUGGUGCAACCUUGAAGAGGCCUGUCACCUCUCGGGAUACAGUGACAUGGAAAAGGUUUUACGAGAUGCUGAUAAUUAUCUCCAUAGCUGAUGUACAAGGAUAGAUUAUCCAGAUCAUUGUGGGGAAUAAGACAUUGAAUAUAAUAUUGAAUUAUAACUACGCUUCAUCAAUUCAGGGAUCCGGACAAGCUCAUGGGACCAUAAUACACUAUAAUGUAAAGAGAUGUACUGUACAUAAUAUGAAUACAAGCAUAGGCGAGAAAAUUUGUCUCACAACGUCAUUUUUUUUUUUAUUGAGAGUUGCGGAGCUUUUUUCAACCACUGAGCUGAACGAUCCACAGGAUGGUGUGAAAUUGUCCAAUGAGCACCAAGAUUUCAAGUGGUGCAACCGGGAAGAAGCCUGUCUGUCGCCUCAGGAUAAAGGAUGUAAACAUUGAUUGAACCUUUUUUUUUACGUGGUUUUCCAGGU